AUGGCUCUAUCACUGUUUAGCACCAAACUUAACACACAUUUGGCACCUCAUUUAAGGCCGGCCAUUUCCAUUCUAAGAAGAUACUGUGCCGCUCAAAAUGCAGUCGUUCAAAGUGGCGAAGAUUCAGUGAAAGUUGAAUAUCCACCGAUUGUGGAUCAAUCAAAAGCAGCGGUAGCUGAACGACAGAAGUUGGCAUGGCAUGAACAAGUCAAAAACUGUUUGACCAUCGAAGAAAAGUUGAUCAAAGUGAAUAUGCCAGCUUAUUGGGGUCUACGCACCACGCCGCUUGUGAACGAUGAAUACCAUUACAAUUGUUUCCCAUAUUUUCAACAUUGGACACGAACACAAUACGAAAACGGGCUGCCAAGUGGUUGGUUCAAGAGCUCAGCGGAAAAAGUUGACGGUCUGGUGAAUAGCAUUCGUGAGCAGAUCAUCGAAGCCAUUUCGUUUCAAUAUCAAGGUUUCAGACGCGAGUACGAAUCUAACGUGAAACUAUCGGACGAGGAAAAAACACGUUUGAGAACCGCACAAAUUUGCAAAGAUUUGAAUCGCAUCAUUAUUAAGAGUCUAUACUCUAUUGCACCGCAUUUGGAGGAGUCCGAAGUCGAUAUUGAACCCAGACACGAAGCAUUUUGGAUGGUUGGAGGAAUCGAACCACCAGAAGAUAAGAAGAUUUGGAUUGAACGAAAGACACCAUUGACGGAUGAAGAAAAGAAUGAACCAGUCGAUAGGCCAUUCCAAUAUGCUGGCAAGCCAAUAUUGUCGGUGAGAAAUCGUUUGCCAUUGGAGCCAGUCAUCGACGAUCUUGAAAGUGAGGCUUUUGACGUUGAAGAAAUACCAAAAUCACGAUGCGAUCCUCAAGGUUUGGGAUAUCGACGUGUUUAUCAACACGUUAGAACGAUUCCUGGUUUUUGGCCAGGGAGUGAGCAUGAAUUCGGCCAAUUGUGCUAUCACAAUCGGCACAAAUAUAAAAUAGCCUACAACGAAAUCGAUCCAGUCGAUCAGCAAAACGCAUUGAAAGCUCAAGCCAUUUUGAACAGUUUCGGAUGGCUCAUUGGUCAGGCAUAUUAUCAAGGAUUUUCGACGUUCAACGAGCUGACGUAUCCAUUGACCACACAAACAAUCAUUACUGAUGGACAAAAUUGGUCAUUCUAUGUUUAUCAACUGAACACAACCGUGUUCGAAACCGUUCAUUUCGAUCGUAAUCGUCGUGCAAACAAGUGCUGGGGAACAGAGGAAUUGAAACUAUUCGAAGAGAUCGAUGAAAAUGGCAAAGUGAUUGGUUUCAACGAUGAAGUGUUACGUUAUCUCAUUCAGUUUUAUUUGACCGAGCCGAAAGAACGCAAUUACGAUAUGAAACCAUACUUGGGAACCGAUGAGCAAACAAUCGCUGAUAUCGACCAUGUUGAACGUCGUGCGUUCUUGGAACAAAAUUACAAGCAUUUAAUGUCCGGAAAACCGAGACAUCGCAAAGAUCUUGUGCCAGAGGUAUAUUUGUGGGAAUGGAUUUACAAGAUCAAAUUCGAUACACGGCCGAUUGAUGCACGCCGACGAUUCUUCGAACUCAAUCAAGAUCCAUGGGAUCGACGAUUGGACGACUAUCAUCCAUUGUACAUACCUAGAAAUGAACGUAUCGGUGGAUAUCACGACAAGAAGAACAAAUGGAGAGCGAAGUACUGGCCAUAGAAUGGUUUUUCUUUUGGUUAAUUUGUAUAAAUUUAGUUAAACUACAAUUCACACACAUUUUAUGAAUGAUGAAAUAAAAAUAAUAGGAAAAAUUUA